AAGCGCUCUCCACGAGUCUACGUGUGGAGUACAUUCUGUGUCAGCUUCAAUUGGCUGGGUUACGCGAGUUGCGUACGGCAAGGAUCCAAGCGCACCGCGACAAUGUUGUUGCGACAAAGAGACGGUGAAAUCCCGAACGGUUGCCUGACUGAGAUUGGUUACGGAAACAUUUCCCCUCUUUCGGCCUCACUUGUCUCGACCUCAAUUGUCUUGACCUCACCUGUUUCGGCCUCACCUUUUCAGCUAUCUCGCCACAUAUCCAUCCACUGCCCUGCCUCGUAUGUGUCUCACUCGGGCUCAACACCAUGGAUCCCGACAUUGCCGACAAAAGGCUCAAGGACCUGCGAGUUGAAGAGAUCACAGUCAAGACGACAGGUGCCGAUGCACGAGCGACUGCGCAGUAUGAAAUCGAUCCUAUUCGGGAGAAAGCCUUGGUUCGCAAGCUUGACAUACGGGUUGUGCCAAUCUUGUGGUUUCUGUUCAUGCUUGCCUUCUUGGACAGGACAAACAUUGGCAAUGCAAAGAUCCAAGGCAUGACCGCUGAUCUGAACAUGAAAGGCAAUGACUACAACGUCGCCCUGUUCAUCUUUUUCAUCCCAUACAUUCUCUUCGAAGUGCCAUCGAAUAUUCUGAUCAAGCGAAUGGCGCUCUCUACCUGGAUCGCACUCAUCAUGACACUGUGGGGCAUUGCCACCAUUGGCGAAGGUCUUGUCCGAAACAAUGCUGGGCUCCAAGCCAUGCGCUUCCUAAUCGGACUUUUCGAGGCCGGCUUCUUUCCCGGAUGUGUAUACCUCAUCAGUAUGUACUACAAACGAUACGAAUUACAAUGGCGCCUAUCAAUCUUCUUCACGGGAUCAAUCCUGGCCGGAGCAUUCAGUGGUCUUCUGGCUUAUGCGAUUGCGAAGAUGGACGGUAUUGCCGGCUACAGUGGAUGGAGAUGGAUCUUCAUCCUCGAAGGCAUCUUCACAACCAUCAUCGGUGUCGGCGCAAAGUUUUUCAUCCCAGAUUGGCCCGAGACUGCGAAAUUUCUGACGCACGGAGAGAAAGAACUCCUCGUCGCUCGUCUCGCCGCAGAUGUCGCCGAUGCGAAGAUGAAUCGCCUCGACAAGAAAGCCGCAAAGCGUAUCUUUGGCGAUUGGAAAAUCUAUUGUGGAAUCUUCAUGUAUUUCGGGAUCGUGAAUACGGGAUAUGCGACUUCAUUCUUCACCCCAACAAUCCUCACCCAACUCGGCUACCGCGCCGAAGCAGCCCAAGUCCGCAGCAUCCCCAUCUUCCUCGUCGCAACCGCGUUCUGCCUGCUGACCGCCUACCUCACCGACCGUCUCCGCCACCGCUACUCUUUCACAUUCAUCGGCUGCCUCAUCGCCACAAUCGGUUACUCCCUCCUCCUCAACCAAUCCCACAUCUCCACGGGAAUCCAAUACAUGGCCAUCUUCUUCAUCGUCACGGGAGGGUACAUGUGUCAACCUGUGACUUUGGCGUGGGUGAAUAAUUGUAUGUCGGGGCAUUAUAAGAGGAGUGUGAGUUCGGCGAUGAUGGUGGGGUUUGGGAAUUCUGGGGGGAUUGUGGCGAGUAAUGUUUUUUUGGAGGGGGAGAGGCCUGGGUUUCGGACGGGGUAUGGGGUUAGUCUUGGGUUGGUUUGGGUUUGUGCGGUUGCUUGUGCGUGGUUUUUGGUUGGGGUGUGGAGGGAGAAUGGGAAGAGGGAGAGGGGGGAGAGGGAGUGGAGGUUAGAGGUGGAGGAGAGGGAGAGGGAAAAUUUAGGCGAUAAACAUCCUAGUGUACGGAUAACAUAUUGAGGGCGAAAUGUUGGAAUC